UUCUUCUUCUUCAGCGCCUCUUCUCUCCUCCAAACCUUUGACCUCACUCUCCUCCCAUUAAAUUAAACUAAAUUAACAUUUUUGUCUCUACGGUUUAUGCAACUGUAGUGCUAUUAAACUAUCCUAUCCUCUGUUCUACCCCCUCAGAUCUCUCUGUUCUUGUGGGGGUGAUUCUUGCAUCCUUCUCUUAUAAAUUCACAAACUUUCCAUUACCCUUUUGAUCUUUCUUUCUGUUUCCUUUGUUUCCCGUUUUAAUCUUCUAGUCAAAUCUAUUCGAUAGACCCGAGUAGUAGUAGGCUUUAUCAGUUCAUCUGUGUAGAAAUUUGAAAGCUUUGGUUUUUGAUCCUAGGCAUAGAAAGGCUUUGACUUUCAAUGAGAUUAGAUUGUUUUUGAGCGUUUUGUCAUCAGAUCUUGAUUCUGGAUGGGUAAUACUUGUGUUGGACCAAGCAGAAAUGGUUUCCUGCAAUCCGUUUCCGCAGCAAUGUGGCGGCCACGAGAUGGAGACGAUUCCGUUUCUCAGAGCAACGGUGGUACCGCAAGUGAAGCUGCUGUUUCAGGAGAGCUUCGUUCUCCAUCGUCAUCUGAUCACCAAGUCCUGAACAAACCUCCUGAACAUCUCACAAUGCCAAAGCCAGGGGAGACAAAGGCCAAAUCCGAUGUACUAGAGACUCAGCCUGAGAGUCCAAAACCGGAGACAAAAGCUGAUGCUUCUCCAGCUAAGCCUAAGAAGCCUAAACACAUGAAGAGAGUGACCAGCGCAGGCCUCAGGACUGAGUCAGUGCUCCAGAGGAAAACAGAAAACUUCAAGGAGUUCUACUCCUUGGGAAGGAAACUAGGACAAGGGCAAUUCGGGACGACUUUCUUAUGCGUGGAGAAGGCCACAGGGAAGGAGUUCGCCUGCAAGUCCAUCGCCAAGAGGAAGCUGGUGGCCGACGAGGACGUAGAGGAUGUGAGGAGGGAGAUUCAGAUAAUGCACCACUUGUCUGGUCACCCUAAUGUCAUUUCCAUCAAAGGAGCUUAUGAGGAUGUUGUGGCGGUGCAUCUUGUGAUGGAGUGUUGUGCAGGUGGAGAGCUUUUCGACAGGAUUAUUCAGCGCGGUCAUUACACGGAGAGGAAAGCAGCUGAGCUCACUAGGACUAUUGUUGGUGUGGUGGAGGCUUGUCACUCUCUUGGUGUUAUGCAUAGAGACCUCAAGCCUGAGAACUUUUUGUUUGUGAGUAAACAUGAAGAUUCUCUUUUGAAGACUAUUGAUUUUGGACUCUCCAUGUUCUUUAAACCAGAUGAUGUGUUUACAGAUGUUGUUGGUAGUCCAUAUUAUGUAGCUCCUGAGGUUCUUAGAAAGCAGUAUGGUCCUGAAGCUGAUGUGUGGAGUGCUGGAGUGAUUGUGUACAUUUUGUUAAGUGGUGUUCCUCCUUUCUGGGCUGAAUCAGAACAAGGUAUUUUCGAGCAGGUCCUCCACGGUGAUCUUGACUUCUCAUCUGACCCAUGGCCGAGCAUAUCUGAAAGUGCAAAAGACUUGGUGAGGAAAAUGCUUGUUAGGGAUCCAAAGAAGAGACUAACUGCACACCAAGUAUUAUGUCAUCCAUGGGUACAAGUGGACGGCGUGGCUCCUGACAAACCUCUGGAUUCUGCUGUUCUGAGCCGUAUGAAGCAGUUUUCUGCGAUGAACAAGUUCAAGAAAAUGGCUCUUAGAGUGAUUGCUGAGAGCUUAUCUGAAGAAGAAAUAGCCGGUUUGAAAGAAAUGUUUAAUAUGAUAGAUGCCGACCAAAGCGGUCAGAUAACUUUCGAAGAACUCAAGGCAGGACUAAAACGAGUUGGGGCUAAUCUCAAAGAGUCUGAGAUUCUGGACUUGAUGCAAGCUGCUGAUGUGGACAACAGUGGAACAAUAGAUUACAAAGAGUUCAUUGCCGCAACAUUGCAUCUAAACAAAAUAGAGAGAGAGGAUCAUUUGUUCGCAGCCUUUACAUACUUUGACAAAGAUGGGAGCGGUUACAUCACACCAGACGAGCUUCAACAGGCUUGUGAGGAGUUUGGUGUUGAGGAUGUCCGCAUAGAAGAAAUGAUGCGUGAUGUUGAUCAAGACAAUGACGGGAGAAUAGACUAUAAUGAGUUUGUGGCGAUGAUGCAAAAGGGAAGCAUCACAGGAGGUCCAGUGAAGAUGGGACUAGAGAAAAGUUUUAGUAUUGCUCUUAAACUCUAAGUUUCAGUCUAUUUAAAAAAAAUACAAAAAACCAAAGUCAAAGACAAAGAGUUUCUUCUGAUAAUAUAUGAUUGAUUGUAUUGAAAACAAAUGCACAAGCCAAGAUUCUCUAUUGGAUUCUCAAG